AACUCUGUUAUCUGUUAUUAGAGGUCGUGAUUGUGCGCAAGUAGACAGCUGUUUGAGUCUCACUCAUAGUUCUUCUACCAAACAAGUCGCGUAACUAACCAAUUUAGUGUUUAACCUUUGUUUAUACAAAUAUAUUUAAAUAUGAAAUGUUGCAAGAACAACAUAAAAGUAUUCAACAGUGUUUUUAGAAAAGUUGUAGUACCCACUGUUAAAUAGCAGUUCAAUCGAAUUUACAUUUUUUUGGUCACUGUUAUGGUGCUGUUAAAAAUGAAAUAAAUGCGUGGUGUGUGUUGUUGUCUUUGUGUCGCGUUAAAAUAUUAAGAAAAGCGCUGAAAAUUGUUACGGAGCAAUCAAAAAAUCAUUAAAAGGUUAAUAACACUCAGUUGAAUGUGGCGAAAAAUGCAGGCGACGCAGCAUUGAGCGCUCGAUUUUCUUCGAGUAUUGAGAACUUAAACGUACGCAACCUACAUACAAUUUAAUAACAACAAAAGCAGCAACAACAACAGCAGCAGACACAGCUAAAGAAAACAGAACACCAGCAGCAACAACAACAACAAACAGUAUGUACAACAACGGCACAAGGGGCUUCUCCAUACACGAUGCAUUCGAGGAGGAGGAAGAGGAGGCGAUACGUGUCUACGGCUCCACAGUGAUAUCAACGCCAAUGCGCGGUGGCGUUAGCGGCAGCGCCAAACAAGGUCGCUCCACCGAAGAUGUAUCCAUACGCAUACAGGAUCCAAAGGGCUACAACAAAUACGCAGAGGACACAACGUCAAGGGACAGUGACUCGCUAAUACAGGAAUACGGUAAUCUGCCCACGGAGGAGACAAACACAUAUUGCUGGCGGCAUCCAAAGGUCCGGGAGAAUUGGCGCACUGUUCUGGCCGCCUUUACGCUGCUUGUCGUUGGCACCGGUUUAUUUGUAAUGGGCACCUUUGCCAUUGCCGAUCCACACAAUACAUCACAGGGUGUUGUAUUUUUUGUUGCUGGACUCAUUUGCUUUAUUCCGGGCGCCUAUCACGUCGUCUACAUUUGGCUGGCAGCCAAAGGAUAUCGAGGGUUUGACUUUUAUCACCUGCCACUGUUUACAUAAGCAACAGAAUAAUAUGUAAAUUGUAUGUCGCAUUGGUUGAUCCAAUUCAAACCGCAAUCCCUGUCUGUCUAUAUACAUAAUUAUAUAUACUUAUAUAUAAACAUUUAUUUUCUAUGUAUGGUAAAUAACUCGAAAAGUCUCCUUUUGUGUAACUGAUAAUUUAAUGUGUGUAGCGAAACAAUUUCAAUCCAAAAUUCGAAUCUUAGCAAUAAUGAAUGUAUGUAUUUUUUUAAACAAUUAUUUUGUUAUAAUUAUUAUAUACUCAGAAAGCUUUUGGUAUACCCUCAAAAGUGCAAAAGAUACGUAUGGUAAACCCACACACACUUACACACAUCUCAUACACACACUAAAACACAUUCGAAAUUUAUUUAAAAUAUAACAAGAAAAACGAAAGACUUUGUAUAUGAUGCUAAUUGUGAAGCGCGCGUUAGUGUUUAAAAAUAAUAACAAAAAAGAAAUUUAAACUGUAAUUUAUUGAAAUUUAAUUGCACCAAAAACCAAAUCGAUAAAAACUAACGAAAUGUUUUACGAUUUUCAAACACGAAUCUAUAUUUAAUAAAAAUAUGAUUAAUAAAUAUAUGUAUAUGAUUAGGAAGCGUUCGAUAAGAACGCGCCUUAAAUACUUAGUAUAUAGAUACAGUAAUCUUAUUUAACAAAUUUUAAUGAGAACUCUUCAAAGAAAAUAUUUCAAAACAACAAAAUAAAACCAAAAGAGUAAUCUGUUAUUGAUAUAAGUGAAAAGCGCUGCUAUUGCAAUAUGUACGUUUUUUUAUAGCUAUAAAAGUAAUGCGCUAUUUUUUCUAACCCUAAAUAACCCUACCCGUCCUCUAAUAAAAUUAUACACUCAACUCUCACAGUCAUUACACACACACAAACACACUCAGACAGACGCCUCAUCAGAUUUCAUAUAGAAAAA